AUGGUUUCCACACCUGAACUGAAGAAGUACGUUGAUAAAAAGAUCCUCUUACAACUGAAUGGGUCCCGCCAGGUUGCUGGUGUUCUGCGAGGAUACGAUCUGUUUUUGAACGUUGUGCUGGAUGACGCUAUAGAGUUGCUGAAAGACGGUGAGAAACAAAAACUGGGCUCCCAGACAGUGGUACGAGGUAGCUCGAUUCUAUCAUUGGAAGCACUAGAUACUAUUGUAUGA